AUGUCUACAACUAUUUUCGACAUUAAAAGACCUAUUGAAUCUCCAGAGAGAGAUCCUUCUACUUUAUCAAAUUAUUAUGCUUUUAACGUCAAUCUCACCGAUAUAGAAUACCAUGUUGAUUGGGAGAAAAAAAUUUUAGUUGGCAAAGUUAUAUACGACCUUUCUAUUAAAGAAUCCUCACAACCUUCUAGUAUUAUUUUAGACACCUCAUACUUGAAUGUUUUUAAAGCAUCAAUUAACGAUGAGGAAACACCGUUUGUACUUGAUGAAAAACGACUGGAGCCAUUGGGGACUAAACUUUCUAUACCCUUGCAUAAAUGGAGAACUAAAACUUCUAGUACUAAAGCUCAACUUAAGCUUUCCUUAGAGUUUUCUACAACGGAAAAAGUUACUGCUGUUCAAUGGUUAGAACCUGAACAAACUGCGGGAAAAACAGCACCUUAUCUCUUCUCUCAGUGUGAAGCAAUCCACGCUCGUUCUAUGUACCCUUGCUUUGACACGCCUUCUGUUAAAUCUCCAAUGAAUAUUUCAAUUUAUUCUAUUUAUCCAACUGUUUCAAGUGGUAAUGUAGUAUCGAAGCCUUCAAAGCCAGGUAGUGAAAUCGAACCAUAUGUUUUUAAGCAAGAAUUACCUAUUCCUUCAUACUUGUUUGCCAUUGCAUCUGGUGAUAUCUCUAAUGCACCGAUUGGACCUCGUUCUUUAAUUUACAGUGAACCAUCUUUUUUGCAAGCAUGUCAAUAUGAGUUCGAAGCAGAUACAGAGAAAUUCAUUGAAGUCGCUGAAAAAAUUGUGUUUCCUUAUGAGUGGAAAACCUACAAUGUUUUGAUUUUGCCACCUUCAUUUCCAUAUGGUGGAAUGGAAAAUCCGAAUAUCACAUUUGCAACACCAACACUCAUUUCAGGUGAUAGACAAAAUGUCGACGUAAUUGCUCAUGAGUUAGCACAUUCUUGGAGUGGAAAUCUCGUUACUAAUUGUUCAUGGGAGCAUUUUUGGUUAAAUGAAGGUUGGACGAUGUAUCUUGAGCGUCGUAUAGUUGGCUCAAUUCAUGGCGAGGCUUAUCGUCACUUUUCUGCUAUCAUUGGCUGGAAAGAUUUGCAAGAUGAUAUUGAUUCUAUGAGUCCUGCAACCAGAGAAAAAUACUCUCCUUUGGUUGUUGAUUUAUCUAAUUUGGCCGAUCCUGAUGAUGCAUUUUCAACUGUUCCAUAUGAAAAGGGCUUCAAUUUAUUGUUUUUAAUUGAGCAGAAGCUUGGCGGCUUUAAAGAGUUCGAUCCUUUUAUUCCCUUUUACUUUACUAAGUUUCGAACCCAAUCAUUGGAUACCUAUCAAUUUAAAGAUACUCUCUAUGAGUUUUUCAAACAUAAAAAAGAUAUUUUAGAUGAAAUCGAUUGGGAUACAUGGUUCUAUUCACCUGGAAUGCCACCGGUCAAGCCAGACUUUGAUACCAGUUUAGCUGAUGCUUGUUAUGCUCUUAGUGCCAAAUGGGUUGAUGCCGCUCUAAAUGCGCCUAAAAAUGCUACUAUUUCAUAUUUUAAAGAAAAGUUUUCAGUUGAAAAUUUAAAAGGAUGGAAUUCUCAACAAUAUCUCGUUUUUUUGGAUAGCGUGACUGAUAGCCCAAAAAUUAGAUGGAGCGAUGCGGCUCCCAGUAAUGCAGUCAAAGCAUUGGGGGAAAUUUACAAGUUUGAAUCAUCAUCUAACCCGGAAGUAAUUUCCAGAUGGUUUAAAAUUGCAGUUAAAGCACGUUUAGGCCAUGAAUCAACCUAUAACCCAUUAGCAAAUUGGCUAGGGACCGUUGGAAGAAUGAAGUUUGUUCGUCCCGGUUUCCGUGAGCUAGCUAAGGUUGAUAAACCGCUCGCUAUUAGUACUUUUAAAAAAAAUGAGUUGUUUUAUCAUCCUAUUUGCAGAAACAUGGUAUCGAGAGACCUUGGACUUUAA